GAGAGAGAGAGAGAGAGAGAGGAGAGAGGAGAGAAAACUUCAAAACCACAUCCCUUCGAAUCCAAAUCCAAAUCAAAAUUCAAAUCACAUCAGAAAAGAGUAAGAAAGGAAAGAAGAAAGAGAAGAGGAGAGAGAGAGAGAGAGAGGAGAAAACCCGAGUUCAGACAUACAUGUAAAUGCAUCAUAAGAAAUCCGACCUCCAGAUCGGGAAAGAAAGCACCUGCAUCUCUUCCGAUUACACAACCCCACCUCAUCUCCACCCUUCAUUACCGCCCCACAUCCAAAUCCACAUUCCCGAAUCCCAGCGCACCCAAAACCAGAAUGAAAUCCCCACCCUCUUCAUCUCUACCCCUCACAAGAGACCCAUCAUGAACCAGUCUUCUUCCCUUUCCCAUUCCCAAACCCUAACCUCCUUCCAUUCCUCCAAUUCCCCCACUCUUACAACCAAAUCUUCCUCAUCUCUUGCCAAUACCGCCUUCCGAAUCGUCCGUCGCCUCCGCAUCCAUCUCCGUCUCCUCCUCUUGCUUUCGCUUCCCUCCUUGUAUUUCUUCCUAUCCAAUCCCCACCGUUCGUUCCUUCUCGACUUCUUAUCUGCCGUUGCUUUCUCCGCUGCCCUCCUUCUCUCCCUCAACCUCGCCCUCCCUCGCCUCCCCUCUAUCCGGCUUCUUCUCCGUCGCUCCUUCCCCCUCAAGCUCCCGUGUUCAUCCACUUCCUCGUCUUCCGCCCGCCGUCCGUCCACGCCCGUCCUCUGGUCCAUCGGCUCCCGGCCCAAGUCCGACAAGCGGGCUGUGUCGGGCUCCUGUGUCCAGGUCUACAGCAACGGGGAUGUCUACGAGGGAGAAUUCCACCACGGGAAGUGCUCUGGCAGUGGGGUCUAUUACUAUUACAUGAGCGGACGGUAUGAGGGGGACUGGGUCGACGACAAGUACGACGGGUAUGGGGUCGAGACAUGGGCGAGGGGGAGCCGCUACCGCGGGCAGUACAGGCAGGGGUUGAGGCAUGGAUUCGGGGUGUAUAGGUUUUACACAGGGGAUGUGUAUGCCGGCGAGUGGUUGAGCGGGCAGAGCCAUGGGUGUGGGGUCCACACGUGCGAGGACGGGAGCCGGUAUGUUGGGGAAUUCAAGUGGGGAGUCAAGCACGGUCUCGGGCACUACCAUUUCAGAAACGGGGACACGUAUUCUGGGGAAUAUUUUGCAGACAAGAUGCAUGGAUUUGGUGUCUAUUGUUUUGCAAAUGGACAUCGGUAUGAGGGAGCCUGGCAUGAGGGAAGAAGGCAGGGACUUGGGAUGUAUACAUUCAGAAAUGGAGAGACACAGUCAGGCCACUGGCAAAAUGGUGUCCUUGAUACAUUGAGCACACAGAACACUCAUGCUGGAUUUCCCGUCGCUGUCAACCAUUCGAAAGUACUCAAUGCAGUCCAGGAAGCUCGACGAGCAGCAGAGAAAGCAUUUGAUGUGGCCAGGGUUGAUGAGAGGGUGAACAAGGCGGUAGCAGUGGCCAACAAAGCAGCCAAUGCAGCAAGAGUAGCAGCAGUGAAAGCUGUGCAAAAGCGGACGAAUAACGGCAAUGAAGAUGGCAUACCGAUCCCAAUUGUGUGAGUUUUUUCCGCAUGUUUCCAUAAAUCAUGGGGGCAUAUCACUGGCAUAAUCAAGUGGAAGGGAUUGAUCUGAGAUAUAAGAGGACUAAAAUCAAAAUUUUCAGCACUGCUGUCACUUCUACACCACCACGCCCCCCCCCCCCCCCUUUUUCUUUUUUUUUUUCCUUUCUUUUUCCCAACUGAUGCAACUGAAGGUGCCUGCUUGGAACCGAUAUCAGACAUUGAAGAAGAUGGCCUGAUUGAGGAGCAGGUUGGUUUCUCUUUUGCUUUGUAUAGUGAUGUAUGAAAGAAGGUAGCAGCACUGAUGUGCAAGAGUAGGGGGGGCCUGUUUUGUUUCCUUCUUUGGUUCUUUUUCUUGUAAAGGGUCGUGUUCUUUUUCAAGUGCUGGUGUGCAGGUUAAAACCUCAGGCCAGCCAAUCUUCUGUUGUAUGUGAACUUGAGAGGCUUCACAUUAAGAUCAACACAUGGGUGAUGAGCAUUAUUCCUGUUUCUUA